AUGGGCAGCGUGCGAACCAACCGCUACAGCAUAGUUUCCUCAGAAGAGGACGGAAUGAAGCUGGCAACCAUGGCAGUUGCCAAUGGCUUUGGAAAUGGGAAGAGCAAGGUACACACCAGGCAGCAGUGCAGGAGCCGUUUUGUCAAAAAAGAUGGCCACUGCAAUGUUCAGUUCAUCAACGUGGGUGAAAAAGGCCAGCGUUACCUAGCAGACAUCUUUACCACCUGCGUGGACAUCCGCUGGAGGUGGAUGUUGCUCAUCUUCUGUCUGGCGUUCAUCCUCUCGUGGCUUUUCUUUGGUUGUAUGUUUUGGUUAAUUGCCUUACUGCACGGGGACCUAGAUGUAACGGAAAAACCUUGCAUCUCUGAAGUGCGCAGCUUCACUGCAGCCUUCCUCUUCUCCAUUGAAACACAGACAACAAUUGGCUAUGGCUUUAGGUGUGUCACAGAUGAGUGCCCCAUUGCUGUCUUCAUGGUGGUUUUCCAGUCCAUAGUUGGCUGCAUCAUUGAUGCCUUCAUCAUUGGUGCUGUCAUGGCUAAGAUGGCUAAACCGAAAAAGAGAAAUGAAACUCUCAUCUUCAGUCAUAAUGCUGUGAUAGCCAUGAGGGAUGGAAAGCUGUGCUUGAUGUGGCGGGUUGGGAAUCUGCGCAAAAGCCAUUUGGUGGAAGCGCAUGUGAGAGCCCAACUUCUCAAGUCUCGGAUCACCACUGAAGGCGAAUACAUUCCUCUAGAUCAAAUAGAUAUCAACGUUGGGUUUGACAGUGGGAUAGACCGUAUAUUCUUGGUCUCGCCCAUUACAAUUGUCCAUGAAAUAGAUGAAGAGAGCCCUUUGUAUGACUUGAGUAAGCAAGACAUGGACAAUGCAGACUUUGAAAUUGUAGUAAUAUUGGAAGGCAUGGUGGAAGCCACUGCCAUGACCACACAGUGCCGUAGCUCCUAUCUGGCAAAUGAAAUUCUCUGGGGCCACCGUUACGAGCCUGUACUAUUUGAAGAAAAGAACUACUACAAAGUGGAUUAUUCUAGGUUCCACAAAACAUAUGAAGUGCCGAACACACCCCUUUGCAGUGCCAGAGACUUAGCAGAGAAGAAAUACAUCCUUUCUAAUGCAAAUUCAUUUUGCUACGAGAAUGAAGUGGCCCUCACGGGCAAAGAGGAAGAUGACAGUGACAAUGGGGUGCCAGAGAGCACUAGCACAGAUACACAUCCAGACAUGGACCAUCACAGCCAAGCAGGUGUGCCCUUAGAGCCGAGACCUUUACGGCGAGAAUCUGAAAUAUGACUAAAAUGCAUGACUGCCACCGUGGUUAAAAUAUAUCUGUCGGUCAUGGGCAUGCUGUAUCAAGAAGUGGCUGCAAACAGUCUUUCAAACAAUGGUACUGUUGGACAGAGACAGGCAUACAGCCCUUAAGGGGUCAACCUAAGCUGGUUUUUAAGUGCUGUCUUCACAGGAGGUACAGCAAAAGUGUGAACUUGGAACAUGAAGCACUAUGUCUACGCAUGACUAGAAGGCACA